AAUUCUAACGCGUAUAAAACUAAGUCCCCAACAUGCUCAUAAACUGUGACGAACAGAGGCCACAAGGGCACAACCGAAUACAGUCAUUAAUGUAAAGGAGCAAGGGUCACAUUUCAAUGUCGCGAUACUUGAUAAAGUUAGUAAUUUACCAGAUAAUAGGGAAGCAUAAACACAUGCAUCAGUACUCGGCGUGGAGUCAGACCAAAUAAACGUGAUAAUGAAUUACAUAUUUGCGAUUUUCCUGGUCUGCGUAGAAGCGAAAGUUACGAAGUAUGUGUCGAACGUUCCUAUUCGUCAAAUCGGCAGUAGAUUCUACAGAGAAGAGUUAUUGACAGACCAAUUUCAAGAACCGAGGGAAUUGACAUACGAUUCUUCAAGCAGAAAUCUGUUCUUCUCGUAUAUGGAUGAUGAGUUGCAGAAUUCUGGAAGAGGCUACGUGAACGUUGUAACGAAAGAGACUAAGAAGAUAUAUGGGAUAGCUAGAAACAAAGCUAUAGGAGUUGAUCUUGAUACUGGUGAUGUCUAUUUUGGUUCAGACGAUGGCUUAUACAAAUUCGAUCCUGUAUUCAAUAAUGCUACAUUAUUAGGUCUGUAUAACAUUAACAUAAUGAAAAUCGUGAUUCGCAACAAUGAAAUCUACGUUUUAGACGCAAAUAAUCAUAGCAUUUACAAAGUUAAAAACACUAGAAAAGCUAACAAAGUUGGCGAAUGGAAAACAGUUAUGCAGUUCGAUGUAGAUUACAGUAACAACCUACAUUUUGUGAAUAUCUGUGGACUUUUUUGCGUUCCGAAUGGCGCAGAAGAAGCAGUGAAAAAUGAAAAUUUGCCGCUCGUUUAUCAUUUUCUUAUAGACGAACAGACAACAUUUGGAAUGACCCUGGAUUCUUUGUAUGAGAUAGAUUGUCAGAACGGAACAGCGAAGAAAGUAGCGGAUAUAAAUUUUUAUAUAAGAAGUAUAACGUUUGGUGAUUAUGGUGACAUAUAUUAUUCGACCGAUGUCGGUUUGUUUAAGUUGAAACCGAUCAAUCAUUAUGUUAUUUUCGAUAUAAAAAGGUCGAGGACGUAAAUAUUAAAACGUUUGAUAAGGA